AUGAACAGGAGGUUUCCUGACAGGUUUCGUAGCAGGUUGGAUAUUGAUUUUAGCCUUUACCCAAAGUCACAUUACGUAUUUCACCGGCGUAUAUAUAAGCUGGUGGAUGAUCCUUCGACGGAUUCAAUCAUCUCAUGGAGCAAAAGCAACAACAGCUUCGUCAUUUGGAAUCAGGACGAGCUUGUUCGCAGAAAGAUGCUUUGGAUAUUCUGUUGCAACUCGUUGACAGAGUUUAUCUCCAAGCUUAAGUUUAAUGGCUUUGAGGAAAUUAAGGAGUCUGAUGGGCAAUGGGAGUUCGGCAAUAAGAAAUUUGUGAGAGGUAAACCUGAGCUUUUGGCGGAGAUGCAGUACUAUAAUGUGAUGCGUAUGUGUUUUGCGAAGCCGAAGCCAUCUCAAGCAGUGACAGCUGAAGCGGAAGUGAAGGAUGGCUUGCAAAGUUUGAGAAUUUGA